AUGGAACGUGCAACUGGAACAGAAGUGUACGGGUGUGGCUCGCCCCAAUCGACGGACAUAACGCUAAAUAUACAAACGACUACGGGUGGUAAUUUCUCCAUCAGUUUGAACGGUAAAAAUACUGUGGAGCAUCUUAAAAAAGUCGUUUCCAAGAAAUUAAAAGUGUCAAAGGAUCGAAUAUGCCUUCUGCAUCGCGAAAGACAACUAAGGGACGGUACUCUCGAAGACAACGGUUUGUUAGACGGGUCGCGCAUCAUUUUACUGCCCAGCGUCGAGACGGGCCUUCUGAGUCAGAGACCUGAAAAUUCUGUGAUGCAAGCCUUGGAGUCCUUGAAUGACACGCAAGUGAAUGAUUUUCUGAGUGGCAAAUCACCACUGAAUUUGACAAUGAGACUGGGUGACCACAUGAUGUUAAUACAGUUACAGUUGUCAACAUUACACACAUCCUCCUCGAGUGGCAGUCGCACACUGAGGACUUCCACACCCACUAAAACUACCACAGUCCGUACUAAAUGUGAUACCAGGGACACACCCAAUCCUCAGACUAUACCACAGAAGCCUCCACAAAGUGACGAGACUAUUACUAAUAGUGAUAAGAGUAAACAAAAGAAAGAAGAUGACAAUGUAGCCAAUAAUCUGAAACUAGAUAUGUUGCAAAAUGCAUUUGAUCUUUACCGUACAAUGGCAGAGGAGAAAUAUUCAGAGAAAUCAGCACAAGGUUCAGAUAAAGAGGAAAUGAUGGAUACAUCAAACUGUACUCUAUCAGAUUUAUCCAACACAUCAGUUGAAAAUGAACAGUCCCCAAUUAAAUCACUAUCAAAUCUGGUCUCUAGUCCAAUAGACACAUCUGCUGAGAGCAAAGAGGCGGCUAUAGCAAGUUCGGUAAAAAAUAGUUUAAUAGACUUGUUGUCGAGCAAACUGGCAGCAGAAGCAAUCCCUUCCACAAGUUCCAUGUGUGACAAAGCAUGUCCAUCAACAUCCAAUACGCCUGAUAGUUCAGUCAGUGACGACAGCGACAACUUCACAGACCAGAGCUCCUUCCUCGCCGAGAGCACUAUAGAUGAAUAUCCCAUGGAAAACUUAUUCAACAGUGCCGUAGACAAAGGCUUGUUUGACGAGCAAGAUGAAUCCAUGAUGGACAGGGAGAUAUCAAACUUGGCAACCACAAGUCAUGGUACUCAAGAAUCAUCCGGAGCCUUGCCGUCCUUCCAAAGCCUAAAUGAACCGCUAAAAAACAAACGUUUUCAAUAUUUACUACACAAAACAUCCAAAUUCAAGCAUCCCAUUGGGCAUAAUAAACAAAAGGCGUUUAUGCAGUCUGUUGUAAAUAAACAUAAAAAGAAGGUACAACCUGUAUGUGCCCCAGACUUAAGUUUCCCUCAGCCGUCUACCUCAAGAACGGAGCCGUACAUAAGCUGUAAAAAGCCUGUUCAGGUACCCGCUCCCAUAGUAGAGACAGCCACUCCAUCCACUUCCAAACAAGCCUUCAGGGCUCCGGAUGCACCUAAAAAACCACAAAGAGCCUCCCCAACGCCACCCGUAGACACCAAAGCUCUUAUUGAAGCCUCAAAGAACCUUACGCAGAAGUUGAAGAAGUUGUCGAAGGAGGUUUUAACCAAUAAAGUAGAUCUCAAAGCCGUAGAGGAGCCAGUCCGAGCGAAGGUACGUCCCGGAGCUGUGAUAGAAUCCAUGAAGCAUCACGGCAAAGGAAUAUAUUCAGGGACAUUCUCAGGAACAUUGAACCCAGCUCUUCAAGACAGAUACGGCCGACCAAAGAGAGAUAUAUCCACAAUAAUCCACAUCUUGAAUGAUCUGUUGUGUGCGACGCCACCCAUAGCCUUAGCGCAGAAGGAGCCGAAGCAUUCUUGCGUGACUGUUACUCAAGAGGAGCCGAGCAAGUACAGCGGUUGUCACACAUGUUCAUAUGGACAGUGUGACGGCCAUCACAGCAAGAACUGUGUGUGUGAUAAAGACUGUCAGUGUAGUCGACUAGAACAUAACGUGUGUGUUUCAUGUGAUGAGAAGACGAACCCCGGGGAGCUCUGCAACAAAUGCGACAAAGCUAAGACCUUCGCUCUCGAAAACUCCAAGACUAAAUGCAAACUUGAACAACUCAGGCUCGUGAUGCAACAAACCAAGCAAAGACGCGAGGCGCGCAAGUUAAAAACAUUACCUUACACCACGCCCUCCAAGACACAUAACUCAAAUGAUACAACAUCACUUAAAGAAGAAAUAGAAACUGCCGCAUAA